AUGAAGGCGGUACAGAUCCAGCGGUUCAACGAGCCCUACCACGUCUCCGAUGUCCCAGUUCCCAAGCCCAAGCCGCAUCAGGUUCUGAUGCGUAUCAAAGCUGCCGGCUUUUGCCACACUGAUCUCAUGGUGCUGAACCAUGAGUUCGAUACAACCCUGCCAUUAAUUGGAUCACAUGAACCAGCGGGGAUCAUCGAAGAGAUUGGCUCUGAAGUUACAGGGUUCCAGAAAGGCGAUCGUGUUGGCUGCAUUAAUUUUGAUAGUGUGUGUGGAAAAUGUGCCGACUGCAAGGCUGGAUUGCCAAUCUAUUGUGAAUCCCCACUGAUGAAAGGUCUGACUACCGAUGGAGCCUGGGCGGAAUACAUGGUUACGGAUGCUCGCUUCAUAGUUAAAUUACCAGAUGACAUGGACUUCAAGGUUGCAGCACCUCUAAUGUGCGCUGGUAUCAGCAUCUAUGGGGGUAUUGUACGAGCGGGUGUGCCCAAAGGGGGCUCAAUUGGAAUUGUCGGGAUCGGCGGACUAGGGCAUAUUGGAACCCAAAUUGCGAAGUGUAUGGGCUACACCGUCGCAGCAAUUGACAUCAAGCAAUCAGCACUCGACGCAGUCGCAUCGUACAAGCACGCCCCAGACGCUCUGAUUCUAGCGUCCGACCCAAUUGAAAAAUCACUUGAGAAGAUUGACAAGAUAGUGCAAUCGAACUACGGUGGACUUGACGCAACCGUUCUCGCGACGGACCAACAGCCAGCCUUCGACCUUGCCGCGGCUCUCACUAGAAAACACGGGACGAUGGUGCUGCUAGGUCAGCCGCAGGAGGGGAUCAGGCUCUCGUUCCACACGUUAAUUUUCAAAGAUAUCAAGCUUUUGGGGUCUCUUAUUGGCGAUAUGACCAUAGCCCAGGAACUAUUAAAUUUGUUCCAUGAGAAUGAGCUCCACGUCGAUGUUAAGGAGUGGAAGAUGGAGCAGGCUGAGGAGAUGAGGCAGGAGUAUCUUUCAGGGAUUGGGACCGGGAAGAAUGUCAUCGUAAUAGAUUAA